GUGGUUCUUAUUGGUUCCUGCUAAUAGGAGUAGUCCCCCUUCACACCAUUCCCACAUUUCGAUGGUCAACCAGCGAAGUGUAUUCAUUGCAAAUUCACCAGCGUUUGAAUCUUUCUCACGUUGUUUUGCUUCGCCACAGUCGACGGCUACUAACCGGUAGUGCAGAAGCAUGAGCACUGCAAUUAACAAUCAGCAAUGGUCUCGCCUUCGGCAAGAACAGGAAAGAGCAUUAUCUGACACCAAUCAGCAGAUUUCUCAGCAUGAAAAGUUCAAAUCGGAUUACUCAGCUCUUCGUGAAAGACUGCUGACUUUGCCCAACAAAUUAACACACAACGUAAUGGUUCCAUUCGGGGACUUGGCAUUCAUGCCAGGUCGUUUGGUACAUACAAAUGAAUUGUUGGUGCUCCUAGGAGAUAACUACUUUCUAGAAUGUUCUGCUCGCCAAGCAGCUGAUAUUGUUUCUCGCAGACUGAAAGAACUUGACAAAAAAUUAGCACAACUUCAGCAGCAGAAACAGUUGCUUAUUCCACGUGCUGAUUUCACACAGGAGCUUCUUGAUAUGUCCAAGGAUGAGGGAGAAUUGGUAGAAAUUAGAGAAGAGUUCAAUGAAGAAAAUGAAAAACAGUGGAAAGCUGAUCGUGUAGAACGUGUUCGGAAGGCUCGACAGCAAGAGAAUAAGGAGAGGGCAGCUGGAGGCUUUCCGACAGACGAAGAACUUUUGAAAAGACUGGAUAAGCUUGAGGAGCAGGAGCUGGAGAGUCUUAGGCUAAAGAAGAUGCCAGAUUCAUCUCGUCCUUCUGCCACAACUCCCUUAAAUGCUGAGCCUAUUAUUUGCUUGACCAACAUGCAGAAGACUGCAGCUGAAGACAGUGAUGAUGAUGAUGACGAGGAGGAGGAGGAGGAAAACGAGGACAGUGAUCAUAAAGUCUCAGUGCCAGACAAAAUCAUCAGAUUUUCUCACACAAAAACAUUCUUUACUGGAGAGGAGGUUUCAGGCAAACAGGCUGCCAGUGACAGCAGUGGUGGGAGCUUUAGCAUUAACAAUCCUUCAGAUCUCUACAGACUUGUGCAGAGCCCACCUUACUCCAUCCUCAAAAAGCCUGGAAAACAGCAUCAUGGCCUUGGUGGUCGUAGUGCAGUCAGCUCCGAGAGUUUGCGACAAAAGAUGGUCACCUUUGAAGACCCUUCCCCUACCAGGUCACUGGGCAUGGGAGAAGCAAGCACAGCAGUUUCAAGGGUGUGUAUACUGUCAAAUGAUUUCCAAGAAGAGCAUAAAGAAAAUAAGAGACAUAUAAUGAUGAGUGCACAUGAGGAUGAAUACAGUGUUAGAGCAGCUGUUAAGGCUUUUAGAAACACGGUGAUAGAGAAAACAGAGCAGGAAGGAACCUCAGGUGAAGGACAUUCUGUGGCUAGCGAGAUUGAGAGUUCCAGACCGACAUCCAGAUUCAAAGCCUCUAGACAGAAACCCAAAGCCAAGAGGUCGAAUAUCUCAUGUCUUCGUCAAUCGGACGACGACGGCUACGACGACGCAGCAUCCGUCGACGUUCAUUACGGCCCCCACUUGCCUCGCCCUAAACGGAAAGCAACCCGCAUAGGUCUCUCUGUCGAAAAAAAGAUAGAUAUUAUCAAAAUGCACAACAGAUGCCGGAGGGAAUCUGACCCUCCUGCUACCAACAUGCAAAUCCUGGAGUGGGAGGAGGAACUGGCGGACAUCGCUCAAUGUCACGCCCAGAGGUGUAGGUUCGAGCACAACACCAAGGAGAGAAGAGAGCUACAUUCUUCAAAAGCAUGGAUUGCCCAGAAUAUGGGCAUGGUGAACGCGGACUAUUCAGCGAUGAAUGUGUCGGGACAUGUACGAGGAUGGUUUAACGAGCGCAACGAUUACAACUUCACCUCAAAGGAAUGCAGCAAAACCAAAAUAUGCGGCCACUACACAGCUUUGAUGUGGCCCACCACACGAUGGGUGGGAUGUGGAGUAGCCGAAUGUCGACCACUUGAGUACCCGAGGGUUAAAAGGAUCUAUGACGUGGGAACAAUGUUGGUCUGUAAUUACUUGCCUGGAGGGAACGUUAGAAGCGAUAACCCUGACGAUAAACUGUAUAAGACAGGCGGGGAAGCAUGCAGCAGUUGUGAUGCCGGUCAAAGCUGCGACAAUGGACUAUGCAAAACUCCAGGCUGCAAAGGCACCUUCUGCAAAAAGGGAGUCGAACUCAUGCAGGACGUGUGUGCGUGCAAAAGCACCGCUAACCCCGUCUGCCCAGGUUCUGGUUCUGGCUCUGGCACCAAAAAGCUCGCUUUGGACAAAAUGAUCUUCACGGCUUCUACUCUUGCUACGGUCCUUUUGUUGAGGAUUUGUUUCUAUCUCGUCGUCACUUCUCGCAGAAGGCGCUCUGUAAUAAGCAGUGGCAUCAGUGCUGACAACAGGGCGAUGCUCAUCAAAGCACACAACGACCGGCGGAGACAAGUCCAGCCUGUUGCUGAAGACAUGCUCUUCAUGACCUGGGAUGACCAAGUUGAGCUGGUUGCACAAAACUUUGUCAACAAGUGCAUUUUCACUCAUAACACCAAUCGCAGUCAGCAGUAUUCUGGAACGGAUUACCUGGGAGAAAACCUUUACACAACGACAGCUGAACAAGUGUCUAUGACGAAGAUAGUGGAAACCUGGUACGGGGAGAAUGUGGACUACAACCUCAACACCAACGUCUGUGCGCCCAACAAAGUGUGCGGUCACUACACACAGGUGGUGUGGGCCACGAGCAACCGACUGGGGUGUGGGAUGGCCCGCUGUGGACCUUCUGGACAAGACCCAAGUACAACAUUCGUCAUUUGUAAUUACAGACCUGGAGGGAAUAUCCAAGGCCAAGCUCCCUAUCAGACUGGCGGAGGUGCAUGUAGAAAGUGUCCGUCAGGAAUGAUAUGUGACAACGGACUGUGCAGGACUGAAGGUUGCGAUGGGAAGACGUGCGGUACAGGAGUCUUGCAGCAGGACACCUGUGAAUGCAACUGCACUGCAACUGGAUACAACGGCUACACGUGUCAGAGCAGAGCUGCUGGUAUGGGAGAACAUUCCGUUACCACAGCGAGCUUGUUGGUCCUCCUCUGUUUGGCUCUGAUUUAGAUGACAACUGGAUGAUCAGAUACAAGUUACGUGUACCCAUGCUUGCCAUGCGAGCGUGUGUGUUGGUUUGUUUGUUUGUUUGUUUGUUUGUUUGUUUGUUUGUUUGUUUGUUUGUUUGUUUGUUUGUUUGUUUGUUUGUUUUUGUUUGUUUGUUUGUGUGCGCGCGUGCUUGUCCAUCUCUCCUUAAUGCCUUACUUUCGACAAACCUCUAUGGAGGUCCGCUGUGGGAAAUUUGCUGAGAAUCGAACCCCUCGGCUUCACUCUCCUUCAACCGCAUGGCUCACAUGACAACCUCUUGCUAUUAUCAGAUUUCAUUAAUUUUGUUCUGGAGGGGAUUAGUGGUCUUUAUUAGAAUUAACUGUGCAAAAGAAUUUAACGCAAAGUCUCUGGACUAGUAAAAAUGGACACGAGAAAGUCUUAUAAUAAUUUUGAAGUCGAGCUUGUCAUCUCCAAUAAACACUUUGUCUUCCCCCAACGACCAAUCCACGCCAGUAUUUCAGCUCGCCGACCAAUCAGAGCAAACGACUUAUCAACAUCACGGUGGACUAAGCUGAUUCUUUGUUUAACCUUUAACAUAUUUGUCUACUUGCACAUUUAAUACUUUUCACAUUUGAAAUGGAGUUUCCGUGUCGAUUUUGCUAUUCACUCUUUGUUAGAACAAAGUCUAAAGCAGUUCUCGCUCAAUUUUACAACUUUCUUUUCUGAUUUGCCUUUUUUUUU